AUGUCCGAUAAUGGGGAGGUCGAGGACAAGCCCCCUGCUCCGCCCAUGAGGAACACCAGCACCAUGAUUGGCUCCUGCAACAAGGACCCCGCCCCCCUCAACCACAGCUCCAAGCCCCUCCCACCAAACCCGGAAGACAAGAAGAAGAAAGAUCGCUCGAUCCGAUUCAUCCUGACCGGAGGAGGCGAUAAGACCUAUAAGAAAAAGGAGCGUCCAGAAAUUUCCCUGCCUUCAGAUUUUGAACACACCAUCCAUGUGGGCUUCGAUGCUGUUACCGGGGAGUUUACUGGCAUGCCGGAGCAGUGGGCCCGGCUCUUGCAGACGUCCAACAUCACCAAGUUGGAGCAGAAGAAGAAUCCUCAGGCCGUCCUCGACGUUUUAAAGUUCUACGACUCAAAGGACACGGCAAAUAGCCAGAAAUACAUGAGCUUUACAGAUAAAAAUGCAGAUGCCUACAGUUCCUCCACAACAACGAGCGCCAAGGCCGUCUCAGAGACGCCCGCCAUAGCAACCGUAUCCGAGGACGAGGACGAGGAUGAAGCCGAGCCACCGCCGGUGAUCGCCCCCCGACCAGAGCACACCAAAUCAAUAUACACUCGCUCAGUGAUCGAGCCCCUCCCUCUUCUCCCUCCGACCAAAGAUGCAGCGACCUCCCCCAUCAACCCGCCAGCCGCUGCAGCCACCGCCGCCACCGCCACCGCCACCGCCCCCCCGCCUGCAGAGGGGGCUCCCAGCAGCCCCCCCAGCGCGAGCCCGGCCCCUGGACCUUCCCUGUCCCGCCCCCAGGACAAAACCAGGAAGAAGAAGAUGUCAGACGAGGAGAUUCUGGAGAAACUACAUGUGCUCAGGUCUCCCUCUGCUGGGACGAUUGUAAGUGUUGGAGACCCCAAGAAGAAAUACACACGGUUUGAGAAGAUCGGACAGGGGGCGUCUGGGACGGUGUACACUGCCAUCGACAUCGCUACAGGACAGGAGGUCGCCAUCAAACAGAUGAACCUGCAGCAGCAGCCGAAGAAAGAACUGAUCAUCAAUGAGAUUCUGGUGAUGAGGGAAAAUAAAAACCCGAACAUUGUCAACUACCUGGACAGUUACCUGGUGGGUGACGAGCUGUGGGUGGUGAUGGAGUACCUGGCCGGAGGUUCGUUGACUGACGUCGUCACGGAAACCUGCAUGGAUGAAGCCCAGAUCGCUGCUGUGUGCAGAGAGUGUCUGCAGGCGUUGGAGUUCCUCCACUUUAACCAGGUCAUCCAUCGAGACAUCAAGAGCGACAACAUCCUGCUCGGCAUGGACGGCUCCGUCAAACUCACUGACUUCGGGUUCUGCGCUCAGAUCACACCAGAGCAGAGCAAACGCAGCACCAUGGUCGGGACUCCGUACUGGAUGGCUCCGGAGGUCGUGACCCGUAAAGCGUACGGCCCCAAAGUGGACAUCUGGUCGCUGGGCAUCAUGGCCAUAGAGAUGGUGGAGGGAGAGCCGCCCUACCUGAAUGAAAAUCCACUCAGGGCGCUGUAUCUCAUAGCAACCAACGGAACGCCAGAGCUGCAGAACCCAGAGAAACUGUCGACGAUAUUCAGAGACUUCCUGAACCGAUGUCUGGAGAUGGACGUGGAGAAGAGAGGCUCGGCUAAAGAGCUGCUGCAGCAUCAGUUUCUGAAGAUGGCGAAGCCUCUCUCCAGUCUGACUCCUCUCAUUCUCGCUGCCAAGGAAGCCGCCAAGAACAACCGCUAG